UACGAGCUUCUCAUAUCUUCCAUCUCCCUCUACGAUUAAUUUCCUCCUCGUCAAGUACUCUCGUUCCGAGCAAAAUAUUUCCCCGAGAACCGAGGAGCAACCGCCGGGGUUUCGAAUCGACAGCCUACGCCAUGCUCGACGACGAUCACUCUUUCGCCGAGGGCAUCUCGAGCCCCAUAGCGGCGCACAUCCUCGACUUCUGCGACGAUGGCACCGGCGGUGCCGGCGACCUCUUCGCGGCGGUGAACGCCGCCGCCUCCGACAACAUGUUCGGGGCGGCCGCCUCCUCGGAGGACGCCGCCUCGUCGUCGUCCACGGGCGCCACGCCUCCUCCUCCGCCGCUGUGCGACAACAUGUCUUCGGCAACGGGGGCCUUCUCCCCGCUGCCGUCGCUGGACUCCACGCUCUCGGCCCUCCUCGAGGACGAAGAAGACGACCAGCCGCCGCCCAGCGGCGAGCUCCUCCUCCCGAUAGACUACGCGUUCGAGGCUGCCGCGGAGCAGCAGCAGUUCGGCGGCGGCCAGAUGGUGCUCCCGCCGGUGUCGGACGAGCAGCACCACCAUGCUGCGGCCAGGGGGGCGCUGCAGACGCAGAUGAGCAGCACGGCGUCGGACCUCAUGCAGCAGAUCGCCUCGGGGUACGCGGCCGACGAGUGCGGCUUCGCGGCCGCGCUGGCCGCCGGUGCGUUCUCGGGGCUGGAAGAGACUCUGUGCCAGCAGCAGCAGCAGGCCGCGAUGUUCCCGGCGGCCACUGCGGCGUCGCCGUACUCCGCGGCGGCGCAGGGGGGUUUCUUCGUGGGCGGCGGCAACGGUUGCGCCGGCACGGCGGCGGUGAUCUCGAUGAUGAUGGGGAUGGAGGAGAUGGGCGGCGAGUACCAGCGGAUGAUGGAAGCUGGCGGCGACGGCGACCCCGCGGCGCAGAUGGCCGCCUUCUCUGCCGCCGCAGAGAUGCAGAUGGGAGGCGGCGGGAGCCCCGGGCAGGUGCCGGCGGCGGCGGCGGGUGAGACGACGGGGUCGAGCCUCGAGGACACCAGCUUCAAGGCGGCCCGGCUCUCCGUGGAGGAGCGCAAGGAGAAGAUCCACCGGUACAUCAAGAAGAGGAACGAGAGGAACUUCAGCAAGAAGAUCAAGUACGCCUGCAGAAAAACCUUGGCGGACAGCAGGCCCCGCGUCCGCGGCCGGUUCGCCAAGAACGACGACUACUGCGAGGCUUCCAGGGCCAUCGGCUCCCAGAAUCACGACGACUACGAACAGAUGGCCGGUGUGAAGGGGGAAGACAUGCUGGACCCGGAGGCGCUGGCGCACAUUAGCGGGAUGAGCUCCUACAUCUACAACCACACCGUGGAGUCGUGGAUAUGACGGGGUCAAAACCGGACCAACAGAAGCACUAAUUUUCUCCUAUUUUGUGCAGAUUUUUAAUUAACAGCCUGUUCAGCUUAAUUUUUGUCCCCGUGGUGGAAUAAUCUUUGUAGCUUUUGAAGCGCUGAGCUGAUUUAAUUUACCGUAGGGUCGGCUGUCAGUCAUGUCAAUCUGUUUUUUUGCUUGUUCGCCAAUCUUUCUGGUGAAUGUGAGGUUAGAGUUUAAUUGCGGAGGAAUAAAUAAUUAACCGUAUAUGUAUAUAUAGAGAGAGGGAGUCAUGUACUUACUUGGCUUCUUGAUAGAAAUACAACUUCAGGGAUCAUCAUCAUGUAGCUUUCUGGUGUUUAUCUUUUCCGAGUUGAAUGGAAAAUCCAUCGAGAAUUUUUA